AUGACCGUGUUCAACAUUCGUCUCUCGCGAUUCGGCGGGUUUCUCAAGUUCACUUGCCAAGUCAUCUGGACGGUCAUUCUCAUCUUCGCCUCCUAUAUCUUCCGCCGUCCACUCUCUGGUCACGCACUCACCAUCGGACGUAUAUCUCCUAGCACCCUCACGUUGCAUGACGUGCGAUACUCAGGUGCGCUCUACGACCACACGUAUACAUAUACAUUCACGUCGCCAUCGAUUUCUGCCGCGUUUCAUCUCCCAAAUCAGAUUUAUCCCCGCUGGUUCACCUUCACCUCGAAGUCGAUCUUGUAUACUUCGAUGACGGCCGACAUAUCUGUGUCCAAACUUGACGUCACAUUUUGGGUCUUCCCUUACCUAUUCAAACGCACAGCAGGGCCAUGGCUCAAUGUAAUACUCGAUGAUUUCGUAAUUCGGGUGCACAAAAGUUCGGCGACGCCGUACUGGAUUCAGAGACUGCGUCAAAAUCUGGUGGCCGCCAUUCUAACUGGGGAGAUCUUUCGUCUUGAUCAUGGCUCGGCUAGGGUUCAAUUAGCGGGAAUUUCGGAGAAAGUGGAUAUCGGCGAACUCAAGAAGUGUCGAUCUGCAAACCAGCCCACCUCUUCUGACUAUUCGAACGACGGGUCUGACGCGGACGAUGGUGACGACGACACCCACGUUUCCAGCAAAUCUGGAUCAUCAAAUUGGGACGAUAGAGAGCGAGAGACAGAUUUUGGGAACGGCCACGCGAAGGGAGAGCCAUGCGUUAAGAUGCCACCGCGACGACCGCCGCCAUUCGAGGACAUGCACACGGACGAGUUGCGAGUGUCAGCAGUCGCGCAGCAGUUGCAUUUAUACAAUGCACAGGGGCGUGUGUACACCUUCCAGCGUGUAGACGCGCAGCUGCGACGAGACUGGGACACAGACCGAGGCAGUUUUGUCAUGAUCGCGGAGGACGGGCGCUGGGAGCGUGUUCCUUGGCCAUACCAGAGAGAAUUUACUCCGUGGUGGACGCAAUUUUUCACCUCUAUGGCUCAGUUUCCACUGGAUCUUUGGCACACGCUCUGUUUUCCGAUGUCCGCCGUAAAUUUAUACGUCCCGCGGGCGGAUAUUAUGUUCGACGAGUUUAGGAUACGGGAUGCAGCACUACUUGUGCAAUCAUUCACAAUUUUGCGCGAAAAGUCGAUUCGUCACGGAAUCAACUGGGGUGAUUUAUUUUUGGACGCUGCACUGCAGAUAUUUGUGUCUCCCUGA